UGGUUUUAUAUCUGCAAAAAUAUUUCUAACGGAAUCAAAUUCACGUUAUGAACAUUGUUGCGCGUAAAAUAAGACAAAUUUCAUUCAGUAACUUAAACAUUAAAAAUAUGUCUAGUAAAAAAUAUUCAACUAAAAACCGCAUAGUUUGGAUUGAUAUGGAAAUGACAGGCUUAGAUAUUAAUAAAGAUAAAAUUAUCGAAAUAGCUUGCAUUGUGACAGAGUCUGAUUUAAGCAUUGUUGAUACAUGCCCCUCGAUGAUAAUCCAUCAUUCAGAUGAUGUAUUAAACAGCAUGAAUGAAUGGUGCAAGGUCAAUUUAGGUAAAACUGGAUUGAUUGACGAAUGUAAAAAAUCAACGACAACAUUAGAAGAAGCUGAAGGCAAUAUACUAUUCUUAAGAAAAUAUUGCUCCAAAAGAAUGCCCAUUGCAGGCAAUAGUGUGUACAUGGAUAGAUUGUUUUUACAAAAAUAUAUGCCAGUAGUCGAUCAAUAUUUACACUAUAGAAUAAUUGAUGUUUCUUCCAUAAAAGAAUUGUGUAAACGAUGGAAUGAAAACUUUUAUAAAAAUGCUCCUAGAAAAAAAUGUGUACAUAGAGCUCAUGAUGAUAUUCUAGAAAGUAUAGCAGAACUACAAUAUUACAAAAAAAUAUUUCAUCAUUAA